AUGGCAGCACCAGCGAAUGAUUUCAACGGUCCCGGUCUAUACUUGUUUCAGGUCCAGCACAGCAAAAAGUACCUCGACCUCGACGAUUCCAAGAAGGCUAACCAUACUAAAGUUCAACAAUGGGGGUCACGAGAGCACCGCGAGGACCAGCAAUGGGUCGUUGCCGCCGCAGGGCGCGACGAAUACCUCAUCCUGGCGGACAAGGCAGGGAUAUAUUUAACUGCUCCUGGUACGAUCACCCUUUUUGUUGAUAUUAUAACGAUGAGGUGGACGUUUGUCUACGCAGAAGAUGGAGCGUACUUGUAUGUGAAUACUACUGAUUUGAAGACUAUUUGA